CAUUUUUAUGACAUUUUUUCCUGAAAGUUAUUUGUUUUUUUUUUGAAAGAGAGAAAAGAAAAGUUGAAAAGUGGGCUCCGUUCAAAUAAAAAUCAAGCACGAUUUUUAAAAAUGUCGCCUGUCGUCCACAGUACUAUAUGUUCUUUAAACAAUAAACAGUUAAUAGUUAUUAGUUUUCAUAACCCAUUCAGAAUCCAUUGUUGAGAGUUGAGACUAUGACCAUCUAUGCCCGUUUCAUGAUUUUCUUUUGGCUAGUUUGCUGUCUGAAGAAGAUCACAGAAGCAUAAAGCAUACAGUUUUUGCCAAAAAUCUCAAACCGUAAAUAUGAAGGUCAACAAUUUCGUGCUGCUCUUCAUUUUCGCAAUGAGUCACUUUGGGUUGCCCAUGCGUUUUGCUCAGGCAAAGGUUCCCCAACAAGAAGUUGAUGCUCUUGAAGAAAUAGCAAGUACAAUGGGUGCAAAGUAUUGGAAGUUUAAUGCUGAUUCUUGUCAAAUUGAAAUGGUUGGUGAUGCGGAAAACCCAACAACGGGAGCUGAGAGUAGCAUUACUUGUAAUUGCAGCAAGGAGAUAGACAAUUGUCAUGUCGUAAUCAUAGUACUCAAGGGUCUUAAUCUUCCUGGUGUGCUUCCACCUCAACUGGUUAAACUUCCUUUCCUUGAGCAAAUUGAUUUCGCAUAUAACUACUUGAGUGGUACAAUACCACAGGAAUGGGCUUCAUUACAAUUAACAAACAUCUCUCUUCUCGUAAACCGCUUAUCGGGGAAGAUCCCUAAGGAGUUGGGAAAUAUUACUAGACUCACAUAUCUUAAUCUGGAAGCAAACCAAUUCUUUGGAAGUGUUCCUCCUGAACUUGGGAAACUGAUCAACCUUCAAACUUUGCUGCUUUCGUCAAAUAAUUUGACUGGGACCCUACCAUUGACAUUUGUUGAGCUAGAAAAUUUAACAGAUUUUAGGAUCAACGAUAAUAAAUUAAAUGGACCCAUUCCGGACCUUAUACAGAACUGGAAACAACUCCGAAGACUAGAAUUGCAUGCAAGUGGAUUUGAGGGACCCAUCCCAUCCGAGAUAUCCCUUUUGGUUAAAUUAACUGAGCUGAGGAUUAGCGACAUUAGUGGGCCGGAGCAGAAGUUUCCAACGUUGAAUGGCACAACAGGCUUAGUUAGACUGAUUCUGAGAAACUGCAAGAUAUCUGGGAAUAUUCCUUCAUACAUAUGGACAUGGAAGAGUCUAGAUCUGCUGGAUUUGAGUUUUAACAAUCUAGAAGGGAAAAUUUCAGAGACAACAAAGAUGAAGCAUAUAAGAUUCAUCUUUUUAACUGGAAAUCGACUAUAUGGAAAUGUACCAGAAGAUUUCUUGAAGGAUGGAACUAGUGUUGAUCUUUCAUACAAUAACUUCAAGUGGCAAGGACCUGAUGAACAUACUUGUUUGGACAGCAAGAAUCUAAACCUGAAUAUGUUUCGAAGCUCUUCCUCUUGGAACAACUCAGGCCUUCCAUGCUUGAAGGAUUCUAACUGUCGACGAUAUUCAACUUGUUGGCAUGUUAAUAGCGGUGGAAAGGACGUUAAAGUCAAGAUCAAUAACAAUGUACUUUUAUAUGAGGGAGAUGGAGAUGUAGAAGGUGGCACUGCAAAAUUAUUUUUAAACGAAAAGGGUGAUUGGGGAUUUAGUAGUACUGGAGACUUUCUGGAUGAUAAUGAUGUCCAAUAUAAAUAUUACGUUGCAAAUUUUCCGUCAUCAAAUUUGUCUGAGCUAUAUACAGCAGCCCGCAUAGCACCAAUUUCACUCACUUAUUUUCAUCAUUGUUUGGAAAAUGGGAACUACACAGUGAAUCUCCAUUUUGCGGAGAUAACAUUCACAAAUGGACACACAUAUGAAAGCCUUGGGAGGCGCAUUUUUGACAUAUAUGUCCAGGAAAAAUUAGUGUUGAAGGAUUUCAAUAUUGUACAAAAGGCAGGGGGUGCGCAGAAGCCGGUAGUCAUACCUCUAGAUAAUGUUAUUGUGAAGGAUAAUGUCUUGGAGAUACGAUUUUAUUUUGCUGGAAAAGGGACAACUAGGAUUCCUGAAAGAGGAGUAUAUGGGCCUUUGAUAUCUGCUAUAUCUGUUGUUUCUGAAUCUAAGCACUGCUCCGAUGGUGGAAACAAUGAAAAAACUUAUAUUAUUGUUGGGGCUCUUAUAGGAGCAUUAUGCCUGAUAUUUAUUGUACUAGGGAUCCUUCACUGGAAAGGCUAUUUCAAAGAAAGAAGCAACAGAAAUCAAGAUUUUAAAGGACUGGAAAUGCAGACGGGAACUUUUACCUUGAAACAAAUAAAAGCUGCCACCAAUGACUUUGAUUAUGCCAAUAAGAUUGGAGAGGGUGGUUUUGGACCUGUAUACAAGGGACAAUUUCCAGAUGGAACAGCUAUUGCAGUUAAGCAGCUUUCUUCUGGAUCAAGGCAGGGAAAUCGUGAAUUCUUAAAUGAGAUAGGCAUGAUCUCUUGUCUGCAGCAUCCAAAUCUUGUUAAACUCCAUGGAUGUUGUAUUGAAGCAGAUCAGUUGAUGUUGGUUUAUGAGUACGUGGAAAAUAAUAGCCUUGCACGUGCAUUAUUUGAUUCCAGAUUUCAGCUUACAUUGAACUGGUCAACAAGGCAUAAAAUUUGUAUUGGAAUAGCAAGAGGUCUAGCUUUUCUUCAUGAAGAAUCUAGACUAAAAAUUGUCCACAGAGACAUCAAAGCUACCAAUGUCCUGCUAGAUGGGGACUUAAAUCCAAAGAUAUCUGAUUUUGGAUUGGCUCGGCUUGAUGAAGAGGGAAAGACUCACAUUAGCACCAAAAUUGCCGGGACUAUUGGAUAUAUGGCACCGGAAUAUGCAUUAUGGGGUCGUCUCACAUACAAGGCAGAUGUUUACAGUUUUGGAGUUGUGGUCUUGGAAAUCGUCAGUGGGAAGAACAAUAAUAACUAUAUGCCAAGUGAUGAUUAUGUUUGUCUUUUAGAUUGGGCCUGUCAUUUACAACAAAGUGGAAACCUUAUGGAGUUAGUUGAUGAGAAAUUAGGAAUGGAGGUAGACAAAAAGCAAGCUGAAACUACGAUUAGAGUAGGUCUCCUAUGCGUUAAUGCUGCUGCUUCACUUCGGCCUACAAUGUCUGAAGUGGUAAACAUGCUCGAAGAACAAAUGAUGGUUCCUGAUGUGCCCUCAGAGCCAAACAACUAUGGUGGAGAUUUAAGAUUCAAGGCCAUGAGAGACCUCCAUAAGCAAAGGAAAGAUGAAAGUUCCAGUGUAACCCAUACCAAGAGUUCGACUGCAAUUAUGUUCCACUCGUCCUCUUCAGAUGAUGAUGGUCUCUAGGGAUUAACCCCACAAACUAUGGCGUCAGAGUAGUAAUGAGCAUUCUUUAUUACUGUACAAUUUUCCACUUGUGUGCAACUACAAGUACUUGUUGGGUAAGAGAAGAAAUGAAGAGUUGCUGUCUUCCACCCCAUUCAUUAAAUUUUAGUAUUAUCUAUCUUAUCGAUGUCUUUUGGUACAGACAAUUUGAGCAAUUCGUGCAAACUAUGAUCUGGUUAGUUUUGUUUGAGAUGUAAUUUCCUCGUUACAUGUACACAUAUACGUACUUGCAUAAUUUAUUGGAUUUGUAUUCAA